AUGGAUGUUGAGUUUAAUGAAAUUGGUCAAGGGUCCGCUUCUGCAGAUGUAGAUGGUGAUGACAAUGAAGCAAUGUAUGGAGCACUUGACUCUGAUGAGGAGUAUAUUGGGAAUGAGGUAGGGUUUGAUGGGGAAGUAGAUGGAGAUGGGUUCCCUGAGUUCAACCCCAAAACUGAUAUGCAUAACCCUCAAUUCUGCAUAGGUAUGAAGUUUGCAACCCCAAAGAUAUUGAGAGUUGCAAUAAGAAAAAGAGCAAUUCAAAAAGGGUGGGAAGCUUUGUUUGUUAAGAGUGACAAGGAUAAGAUAAAGGUGAUAUGCAAAGCAGAAAAUUGCCCAUUUGUGCUUCACGCAUCGACGAUGCAACAUGCAAACACUUUGCAAAUCAAGACCUACAAUCCUGCACACACUUGUGCUAGAGUUCAUGAAAACCGCAUGAUUAGGGUACCAUACUUGACUGAGAAGUAUGCUGAGCAGAUUAAGCUCAACCCCGAUUGGUCAACAGAGUCACUUGCACAAGCCAUGUCAGCUGGUGUGAAGGCAAGAGUGUCAAACCAGCAGGCUUACAGAGCAAAAAAGGCAGCCUUAUCCCUUUUAGAAGCUGACAUCAAGGAGCAAUAUGCAAGGAUAAGAGACUAUGGGGAUGAGCUUAGAAGAGCAGAUCCAAAUACCACAAUUGACAUCAAGUGUGACUUCAAUGAAGGCCAGUUACCUGUGUUCAAGAGGAUUUAUAUAUGUUUAGGAGCACUUAAGAUGGGAUUUAGAGCUGGAUGUAGGUCCAUACUUGGCCUCGAUGGGUACCAUUUGAAGAGCUGCUAUGGAGGUCAGAUACAUACAGCUGUGGGGUUGGAUGCAAAUAACACAACCUGGGUGUUGGCCUAUGCUAUGGUAGAGUUGGAGAAUACCGAUAGCUGGACUUGGUUUUUGGACCUGUUAGCUAAGGAUCUGAACAUAAGGGAUGAAGGAGCUGGUUGGACCUUCAUUAAUGAUAAACAGAAGGGGUUGUUACCUGCUUUUGAGGAAGUUAUGCCACUUGCAGACCUGAGAUUUUGUGUUAGACACUUGUGGACGAACUUCAACAAAUUAUUUCCUGGCAAGGUGAUGAAGGAUCAGCUUUGGGCAUGUGCCAAGGCCACCACCGAGAACUAUUUUAUCAAGGAAAUGGUCUUGAUGAACCAAUUAGAUCCUUCAGCAUAG